AUGGGUCUCUUCCGAUACCUGGAAGAAACAGCACAACUCAAUUUUGAACGAUGUAUGCAGGGAGAUGAAUUUCGAAGUCUUCUGUCAUUAGUAACACCGUUGAUUAAACUAUCACAAGGUUAUCUCGAAACAAGUAUUAUUUGUCAACAGUUGUACGGAUACUUGACGAAAAUCUUGAGCGAUUUUGGACAAGCAUUCCAAAAAUUAAUGAAAAGUUCGGAUAAUAACCCGAAGACUAAAAUAGAAUUUCAAAAAUUAUGGGACGAUGCAAUGAGUUUUAGUGAACGCGCAAUGAUUAUCGAAGAAAACAGUCAACGAUAUGGCAAACACGUUGCUUUCCUCAAUAUACACGCAAACAGUUUAAAUUGCACAAGUCUCAUGUUAUCCGAAGCAUUACAGCAAUUGAAAACGAUCUAUUCACCAGGCGAUGCCGAUCUUUUAUCACUUACAUUUCAAAUUUUAGCUAUGUCGAGAAUUGAUGAUCAACCACCAUGUAACCAGGAAAAUUUCAAUAUUCUCAUUUGGAGAAAAUCCGACGGUACUAUCGAUCUCUUGUCCAUCCUACGUCAAUUACCAUUAUGUUUACAACAAUAUCAACACUUAAACCAACUUCAAGUCGAUCGAGAUUGGACAUUACAACCCUUAACAGCUCUUCGUCUAGCUUGGGUUAUGGACGCCAGUGGCAGAGAUUUCCCUGAUUUUAUUAUGCAGGCCUUGCCAAGUUUAGUUGUACACAACAAAUAUCUAACUGAUCUCGAUCAAGAUGAAAAUAGAUCAGCAUUUUGGAUGAAAAUACUGCGUGAACUCGCUCCAAAAUUAGGUCUACCACCGGAAACUUUGCAAAACAUUCAUCAAAUCUUAACUGCUCAUGCUUUAAAGGGCUUUGUACUUCGAUUAACUGCUGGUUCCGUUACUUAUCAGAAACAAAUUUAUGAGAAUACUGCGCCAUUUAUUGAUACUGAUGAUUCCAUGGCUUGGUGCAUUUUUGUCAAUGAAAAAUCCGAACCAUUUGAUCCUCGCACUGGUCAUAUCGUUGUACAAACACACUUUAUUACAGAUAAAUACGAAAUCGAACGAUGGUACACUAUCAAUCUGCGCACACAUGGUUCUACUGUUCGACCACGAUAUUUAUCCAAACAAGACUUCGCCAAUUUUCCUGACGAUGCUAUUGAACUCUACGGAGCCGCCAGUCCAAAAGAUGUCGAUAUCCUUCGUAAUCAAAUCGAACAAUCAAGCAACGGUUCCUAUUCUUCUGCUCAAAUCAAUGCUCACAUCUAUACUAUUCGAAAUCGACUUAAAAAAGUUCCAUGCGUAACUUGGGGAAUGACAGAACGAAUCCAACGAACAGUGACUGUUGCCAGGAAUGCAUGCCAAGGUACUACUUUACCAACUGAACAAGUUGUGAUAAACAUCACCAGAUUGACCACUAUCGAGUACUUAAUUUCACGUAGUGAUGAUCGAUUUGUCGCCGGAGUAUUACAUGGACUCAUAGAAUUUUCGCGAGUAGCUUCUCAACAAAUGGCAACUGGCGCUACUGAAAUCGACUAUGCGAUUGAAUGUGGUCAAAAAGCCAUGACAGAAGAAAACUUGCCACAAGCAGCAACUUUUGUUCAUUUGGAUAAACCCGGCGUGCGAGAAUACUUAGAAGGUCAAUACAAAAAACUUACUUUGCAAUUGCGUUCGGUCGCAGCUCGUCCACAAUUUGAAAGUUUGCCUACACUGUUACGAAAAGUCAAAGCAACAGCCAUUGAUGAUGCACUUUCGAGCAUGGCCGAUCUUGAAGCAUUACCAGAACGGGUAACUACUGCGCAACCAACUAGACCAUCUGCUAGAGUAACACUCGAUCAAGAAUUGUUUACUUGUCCAAUUACCCUCGACAUUAUGGAGAGUCCUGCGACCACUAGUCCUUGCGGACACAUGUUUGAACUGAGUGCUAUCAACCAAUAUUUACGAUCAACUAAUAUCUGUCCUUCAUGCCGCACAGUCGUCACUGGCGUUACACAAAAUUUUGCAUUCAAAAAUGUCAUCGAAGCGUGGUUAGCUCAGCAAAACCCAUGA